AUGAAAGGCAAAGCCAUGAUGGUCCGAGUUUCUGCAAAUUACAGCAAGGCACUGAUGGAUAAUGACUCAGUUCCAGAAAAGGAAAGCCAUAUUAGACAGAUGUCUGUGAUUGAAUUAUUUGCUCGUGCUGGUUCAACUUCUAUACUAACAAACAGACCCUCACUGCAAGUCUAUGCUAAAACAUCGACAUUGAUUUCACAUGAUUCGAUUGUUGUUGAUGACCACGACCAAGGUUGCUCAAGCUUACAUGUAGAGAAUAAUUUACCUUCUGGAAAAACAGGAUUUUCUAGGGGUUUUCAAAUCUUGAAAGAAAU